AUGUGCAGUCGCUUUCUCACAUCUCCACUCAACAAGAAACCCAGAAAGCUUCGUUGUGGUUGUCUUCAGAUUGUGCCAUCUUCGGAACCAGGAAUGGAGGCCAGGGGCGCUGGAGGAAGCAGAGAGAGGAAGAAGGCAGUUUCCAAGUCCAUCAAAGCCGGCCUCCAGUUCCCUGUCGGCUGCAUCGCCCGUUUCCUCAAGAAGGGCCGCUACGCCCAGCGCACCCGCACUGGAGCUCCGAUAAGCCUCGCCGCCUUGCUCGAGUACUUGGCCGCCGUUCGAAGCUCUGAAGAAGCCAUGGGGCCGAAGGAUUCGAGUGAAAUUUGA